UAUUAGUUAACAAUAUGAACAAGAAAGAUAUUUACGAGAAAGAAUUUGGACUCAGGAAUAGUAUUAACAUAUGCACAAAGAGUUCUCUGCCAAGUGAUAUUUUGAUUACUCAAGAUGCCAGAGAGUUGAUAUAUUAUUUGUCGGUAGGAUUUGCUCAAAAAACCACUCAAGAAGCUGAUAAGAAAGUUGACGAAAUAAUGAAGGCUACUAAAUCGAAGGGGUCGAGCUUUCUGAAUUUGAAUCAUUUUGCUCAUGCUCUCAAGAGUAUGGGCUUUGAAGAAUAUCUUAGUCAAAUGUGUAAUAUUGAAGAUCAGAGUAUUCUUAGAAAGAUGAACUUUGAAGAAUUAGGCAAAGCUCUCGGCAAAACCUUUCCUGCAAAAAAGAAGAGAACAAAGAGAAAGCUGACUUUUGAAGAAGAAGAGGCUUUGAAAUAAAGAGCAAGCAAAAGUUUUCAGUGAAGCUCGAAAAGAGCUAGGACAUCCUGAUUAUGUAGAGCAAACAAAAGCUACUUCAGAGAAGCCAAUUCUACCAACAGCUACAAUCCCAAAACCAUUACCACAGACAGGUCUACCAAGUCCAAAGUCAACUACGAAUAUUUCAGUAACCGAAGAAGGAAAUUCAUCCCCAACCGACCCCUUCCUUAUCAAAGCUGCAAAAGAAGCUCUUUCCCAAGACAGCCACAAAAGUGAAGACACUAAGCAUGAAAUCUCAGACCACUAAAACUUUCGUAUCUUUCAAAUUCUUACUAG